AGAACUGAAGAGAAUGUAGAACAGAACCGUGUAGCUUAAAGUCAGAACCGGUUCUAAAGGUUCCUCAGAUCCAGAACCGGUUCUUUAAGCUCAGCUCAGUGUCCGAUUCCACUGGAAGAACCAGGAUCAGCAUGGAGAUCUGAACCGGGCCUGGAUCAGACCUGGACCUGGUCUAGAUCAGACCGGCUGGAGAACAAUCAGCUGUAACAGAUCAAUAAUGCUGUAAACUGAAGAGAAAUGCGCAGAUAUAGAUUGAUAUUUAUUGAUCACAGUGUAGUUUAUGCUGUUUAAAGCGCAUUACUGCUUAAUGUGGGCUUUGAUCUGUUGGGGAGAUAAAAACACGGAACUGCUAUAAAGGCGUGUUUAUAUGCAGUAGCGCUGUUCAACCAGCAGGGGGAGCAACGGAGCUCAAGAUCACGUGGGGUCGGUGUCGGCAGUGUUCAGCUGUGUGUGAAUGAAGAAGAGUAAAUGAUGGAUCUUCAGAACUCCAGCAGUGGAGGAGGACCUCCUGUCCUAAAAAUAAACAACCAGGAUAUUUAAUAAAGAACAGUGUUAAACUGCUGAAAGAGGUGAAGCACACGCCAUCCAGAAGAAUCUCCUGAAAACGCAGAAAUUGUUUGCUACAUUUCACAGACAGAUGGAGCCAAGUCCCAACAUGGAGGAACAUCAGCACUCUGUCAAGAGUUUUACUAAACAGAGUGAUCUCAAAAAACACCAGCGCAUUCACACAGGAGAGAAACCACAUCACUGCUCAGACUGUGGAAAGAGUUUUAAUCAACAGAGUGAUCUCAAAAAACACCAGCGCAUUCACACAGGAGAGAAACCGUAUCACUGCUCAGACUGUGGGAAGAGUUUUACUCAACAGAGUCAUCUCAAAAAACACCAGCGCAUUCACACAGGAGAGAAACCGUAUCACUGCUCAGACUGUGGAAAGAGUUUUAAUCAACAGAGUCAUCUCAAAAAACACCAGCGCAUUCACACAGGAGAGAAACCGUAUUACUGUUUCGACUGUGGGAAGAGUUUUACUGAACAGAGUACUCUCAAAAAACACCAGCGCAUUCACACAGGAGAGAAACCGUAUUACUGUUUCGACUGUGGGAAGAGUUUUACUGAACAGAGUCAUCUCAAAAAUCACCAGCGCAUUCACACAGGAGAGAAACCGUAUUACUGCUCAGACUGUGAUAAGUGUUUUACUACACAGAGUACUCUCAAAAUACACCAGCGCAUUCACACAGGAGAGAAACCGUAUCACUGCUCAGACUGUGGAAAGAGUUUUACUAAACAGAGUAAUCUCAAACUGCAUCAGCGCAUUCACACAGGAGAGAAACCGUAUCACUGUUCAGACUGUGGGAAGGGUUUUACUUUACAGAGUGAACUUAUAUUACAUCAGUGCAUUCACAAAAGAUAGAAAAGUAUCCCAAAUCUGUUCCUCUGCCAUAAAAAAUGCAAACCUUAAAUCUUUCAGACAGCCAAAAACACCUCAUCAUGCACAAAAUCUUCACUCUGUUACAAGAACUAAAUUUAAAAAUGGCUUUUUACAGGUUCAGAAAAAUGAAUCUUAUCCAGAGAUGAUGUUUACUGAAUUUCAUGCUGUGUUUUUAUGUUUGUUUGUAUACCUACAUUAGUUAAUGCCUGCAGAGCUCUUCAACACUUAGUGUUGUGUUUUAAGAAGUUUUUACACACAGAAUCAUAAAUGGUACCACUAACAGCAUAAACUAGGAACAUACAUUUUUACAAUUUUUUCAGUGAUAUGCUGAAUAAAUAGUAAAGCGAU